AUGUCCGACCUUGAAAACGAACUUCUGGGCCUGGCCGAGGACGAGCCGGGCCGCCGCAACAAGAAGCACCGCGAGCGCCGUGGUGCUGAUCGUAAUGAGGACUGGGAGGACGACAAUGACGAGGAAGACAUGGACAUGGACAUGGACCUUGACUCUGAUGAUGACUCGGCGGCUCAACCGCGUGCCAACGUCAACCCCUAUCCUUUGGAGGGCAAGUACAAGCACGAGGAUGACCGCGACUGGCUUGACAGUCUUCCCGAAAUCGAGAGGGAAAACAUCCUCGCAAGCCGACAGGAGGAGAUGCAAAAGUACAAGGACUCGAUGCAACUCGACGCCAUGUACAAAAUGGCCGUGGACGAGAACGACGACGACGAUGACAUGCACCCUCGCAAGCGUGCACGCAAGCACACCAGUGUCACAACUGAGGCUACGCGCGCCAUGGAGGAGCUGAAGAACAGGCGUAGGGCAAAGGACGAGAGGCAGCAGCGCAGGGCUGCUAGACGUGAAGAACGUGGUCGCGCGCGUUCGGAAUCGGUUGCCUCCCAUGACGAGGUGUCGUCUGAGGAAGGAGAGAUAUCGACCAGGGAUGCCUGGCGUAUGCCCUCACCUUCUCGCCGUGCCAUGCGCGACGACAAGGCUGAGCGCGAAGUGGACAUUGACGCUGUCCCCGCCAACUUCCAAGAACUCAACUCUGCUCGACUCAGCCGUUAUGAGCUAGUGGACAUGAUGUACAAGGAUCAAUUCGAGGAUGUGAUCAAGGGCUCGUAUGUGCGCCUGAUGGCUGGUGACAAUGAUGAGAACGGACGACCGAAGUAUCGUGUGCACAAGAUCACCGGCGUUGACCACACUCGUGAACACGGCAAGUACUCGAUCGAGUACCAGGGCCGUCAGAUGUCGGACAGCCGCGCACUCAUGUGCCAGUACGGCAAGAUGGUCCGUCUGUACCGUAUUGCAGAUGUUUCGAAUGGUGACAUUGACGAGAGCGAGUUCAACCGUUUCUCGCUUGUGAACAAGACCGACAAUGUUCGUGCUCCGAGACGCUCAGAGUUGAAGCGCAAGCAUGAGGAGAUUGUGGCACUGAGGGACCGCGCGAUGACCGAGGACGAAGUGAACCGCCAGGUAGAAUCGCGCAAGCAGACCAACCCUGCUCAACGACAGAAGGCUGUUCUGCAGAUUACGUCCCUGAUGUCGUCCAAGCAGCUCGCUCUCCGCCGUAACGACCACGAUGCGGCCGAUUCUAUCACACAGCAGAUCAUUGACCUGGGCGGCGACCCCAACACGGGCCAGCUACUCUCGGCCCCGGACAGCGUGACCGACUACGACGCUCGUAUCCAACGAAUCAAUGAGAACAACAAGCGCAAGACACGAGAGGCAAUGGCCAAGGCUCAUGAGGCCGCUCUGGCCCGCAAAAAGACUGAGGAGGCGAUUGUCAAAGCCAAGGCUGCCAAGAAGGCCGCUGCUGCCGAGGCAGCCAAGGAAGUGGCUCCUACCCCACCCGUGUCUGGUCUGAAAAGAGGCGAGACGCCCCAGCAGUACGUGGCUAGGACUAUUACACUGGAUCUGGGCGACUUUUAG